AUGAAGCAUGAAGCAAGCAAGGCUUUCGAGGGACGUGCGGAGCGGAGAGCAAACGGCACGACAGGUAGAGGUCCGCAGUUGCCUGAUCGUGAGAAACAAGACAAUCAAAGUCGGUUUGCAUGGAGUCAUGACCGGUCACACACGAAGAAAAGGCAGGCAGAUGUCGCAGGAAACGAGAUCGAGAUCGCGAGGGCAUCCAAGUUAGUCGACCAGACAGCCAAAAGCUUGUCGUUGCGCAAGAGAGAGGCUGAGCUGAAGGAGGCUGAGGUCACAGGAGACGAGAUCGAGAUCGCAGACGCCCUCCUGAGAGUCAGGGAGGCAGAGCUGGAGGAGGCUGAGGUCACAGGAGACGAGAUCGAGAUCGCGAAGGCACGCAAGUUAGUCAACAAGGCAUGGCUAAGCUUGUCGUUGCGCAAGAGAGAGGCUGAGCUGGAGGAGGCUGAGGUCACAGGAGACGAGAUCGAGAUCCUCAAGGCACGAAUCAGGGUCAGGGAGGCAGAGCUGGAGGAGGCUGAGGUCACAGGAGACGAGAUCGAGAUCCUCAAGGCACGAAUCAGGGUCAGGGAGGCAGAGCUGGAGGAGGCUGAGGUCACAGGAGACGAGAUCGAGAUCCUCAAGGCACGAAUCAGGGUCAGGGAGGCAGAGCUGGAGGAGGCUGAGGUCACAGGAGACGAGAUCGAGAUCGCAGAGGCCCUUCUUGCCCUCAGGAUGGCAGAGCUGGAGGAGGUUUGGCUGAGAGGAGGCCAGAUAAAGUUCGAAAGGGCAGUCGAGCUAGCCAGGCAGGCAAGCAUAAGCUUGUCGUUGCUCAGGAGGACGGCAGAGCUGAAGGAGAUUGAGGACACAGGAGACGAGAUCGAGAUCGCAAAGGCGCGUUCCAGACUGACACAAGCAGAGCUUGACGAGGCGAAGAUCAAAGGAGACAAGAUUAAGAUUGCAGGGGCAUAUCUCAAGUACAGGAAGACAUACCUCGAUAUGAUUCAAGUCACAGGAGACGAGAUCAAGAUCGCAGACGCCCUCCUGACAGCAUGGUUGCGCACGAGAGAGGCUGAGCUGAAGAAGGCUGAGGACACAGGAGACGAGAUCGAGAUCGCAGACGCCCUCUUUAGCGUCAGGGUCGCAGAGCUGAAGGAGGCUGAGGACACAGGAGACGAGAUCGAGAUCGCGAGGGCAUCCAAGUUAGUCAACCAGGCAUGGCUAAGCUUGUCGUCGCACAAGAGAGAGGCUUAG